GUUUUGCUUUUUAAAAUGUCGCGCGUCUGCGCUUAGUGAUCGUCACUGUUCAAAAAUUGGGGCGCGCCUGCUGCAAAUUUGGCGAUGACAACUUGUAGAGAUUGACUCAAUUUUUUAAUUAAAAACUCAAGAGUUGUCAGGAAAAUCCAGUGAGAGACAUGGCCAGCCGACCACCAGCGUCCCUUCAAGUGAUCUCAUCUCUCUUCACGGAGGAAGUGCUGCUGCAAAUUGUGCAGAAGGCCGUCAAAGAUGACGAUGCGUCCAUGGAAGAUUUUAAAGUAACCUAUGCAACUGCCCCUGGUGAAGGCUACCUGGGCAUUGUCUACCGAAUCACUGCCGCAGUUCUGACCAAGGGUGAAACCAAGCAGAUAUCGCUCAUUGCUAAGGGCCUGCCCUCGAACCUGGCCAGAAGGAAGACCUGGAAGAUACCGAGUUUUUUCCGCAAUGAAAUUCUAUUCUACGACCACGUACUGCCAAUCAUGCAGGAAUACGAGAUGAGGAAAAGAAAAGCCGGCUGGAGCAAAACUUUCCUGCCGUUCCCUGUGUGCCCGUGGAGCUAUUGCGACGGCGAGCGCGAUUUCAUUGUAAUGCUCGACCUUGGCAUGGACGGAUUCGGUAUUUGCGACCGAACGCAGGGCUUCAACCACUUCCAUUGCGAGGAGGCCCUGAAAAUGCUGGCUCGGUUCCACGCAACCUCGCUCGCCAUGAAAGACCAGGAACCGGAAACAUUCCAAAAAAUGACCAAAGAUUUGGUGGAGCCAUACUACCGGCUUGACUACGAGGACUGGUACAAGGGAUUUUUGAAAAACUUGCAAGAGGUGGCCAUUGACGCUGUGAAAAAAAUUUAUCCAGAUUCGGUAUAUGUGGAAAAAAUGGAAGCAUUUGCCAAUGACGGACAGUACAAAGUAAUGUGCGAGCUGGUCAAACCCGUUAGCCCCUUCAGCGUGCCCAAUCACGGAGAUGCGUGGGGUCCAAACUUUCUGUACCGGUACGACGACGAUAACAGAAGCAGCCCCAGCGACAUUCGACUGCUUGACUUUCAACUGAUGCGACUGGGGUCUCCGGUUCUCGACCUUCUCUUCUUCUUGUAUUCAGUUACAACUGCCAAGGAGAGAGACAACAAUGGUUGGAGCAAUCUUCUCAAAUGCUAUCACACUGCUCUCAGUGACGCCUUGUCUGACUUUGGCUCAGACCCCCAUAAGGUUUUCCCCUAUGACGAAUUUUUGAAGGAAAUUCAGACGCUUGGGAAGUACGGUUUGGGCAUGGGAAUUGAAAGUGUUCCGUUGUCAAUGGUCGAGUCGGAGAACGUGAACGACCUGGAUGCCAUUGAAGGAACUGAGGAGGUACCAUUGCAUAAUUACUGGAAGGUCGAUUUCAUCCAGCAUGAAGCUGGAUUGAGAAGGGUCGCUGACCUUGUCAAGUUUACUGUUGAUCAGAGAUUUAUUUAACUAUACAAUCAAACUCUCUUCAUAAAUGUUUGUUCCUUUGAAUCCUUGAUUGAAAAUAGUUGUGAUAUUGUUAUUUGGUCAAACCAAAUGCAUUUCAGAUUUAAAAAUUUAUUCUCAAAUUAAGUUGUUUUACAUUUGCUAUGCAGAGCAUAUACAUUCAUUAAUAAAAAUAGUUAUUCCAUCAAA